GGGAUAAAUAGUACAAAGCUUUUUGAAGGUCUAUUUUAAGGCCCCCUACCCUUCCACAUUCCCAUCCCCAAAAACACACAUACACUGACACAACCACUUCUCUCUCAAACUCUCUACAAUGGAAGAUCCUCUUCAAAGAUUCCAAUUUCACUCUCAAUCUUCAUCUUCUUCAUCAGAUAUCAAAAACUGCAUCAAAGAAAAAACCUCCAAGAAAGUUAAACUCGGAAGCGACGGCAAACACCCAACUUAUCGCGGCGUUCGAAUGCGACAAUGGGGGAAAUGGGUUUCCGAAAUCAGAGAACCAAAGAAGAAAUCUAGAAUUUGGUUAGGUACAUUUUCCACGCCAGAAAUGGCCGCUAGAGCUCACGACGUUGCCGCCAAAACGAUCAAAGGUCAUUCUGCUUACCUUAAUUUCCCUGAAUUGGCUCAUCGUCUCCCUCGUCCGGCUAGUUCUUCUCCUAAAGACAUUCGAGCCGCCGCUGCUAAAGCUGCCCUGUUUAAUGAUGAACAAAACCCCGGUGCGAAAUCUGAAUUGAAUCUUAAUUGCUGUGGCUCUUCUGCUGUUGCGGUCAAAUCCGGUGGGGAAAUUGAUGAUACUUUCUUUGAUUUACCUGAUCUGUUUAUUGAUGAUCCUAAUCAUCAAAUUGAUACAUUCUGUUUCUCGCAAUUUGUUCCGAUUGAUGGGUUUGACUCUGUUUUUACACGGCCGUUGUCGCCAUCCUCCCCGUCAGAUUAUUUCACUUACAGAGGUAGUCUUCUCUAGUUCCGCGGCCGCUAUCACCUCCAUUGAAGAAGCCGGCAGAUUUUGUUUUUGGUUUUUCAUUUUUGAUUGGUUUUUCUAAAACCCAAAUACCCAAUUAGGAAAUUUUCCUUUUUAACAUUUUGAAUUUCAUCCUCGAAUUUAUUAUUAUUAUUUUAAAAUGAUGGUAAUUUAAUUAUCAUUUCAAAAAAAAUUUAAAAAUAGAAAAAUAUUCUGUUUUUAAAUCCGUGAAAUAGUUGUUUAUAAGCUUAAUUUUCGAAUUUUAAAAAUCAAAACUAACCAUGGGAUUUAAAUUACAAUCAUUUUAAGAUUUUAAUAAUAAAACGAGGAUGAGAUUAAUAAAGAAAAAAAAUUGAAAAUUGUGUUGUAAAUGUUUGUUCCUUUUCUUUAUUUAUUUAUUUUUCCUUAUUCUCCUAGUGGCAUUAUGUGUAAUUAAGUUUCUUACGAUUUCCACAUUUGUAAAUUCAUAUGUAUUCUAGUAAUUACAAUUUUUCCCCUACAUUGUGUACAU